AUGCUUCUCCUACAGAUUGUUCUAAACAUGGUGAUAGGACUCUUACUCUUUUUACAUUAAACAUCUAAAGUUUAUCACUUAUGGGUUGGAUAAAGUUUCGGUUAUAAAAACUUCCCGGGUAGAAUUAGCAAUUUAUCUUUGUGUGGAGGUACUGGAUGUUAUCGUGAAUAAGGAUUGAGUGCUGAUUCUGUUUCUUUUAAUAAAAGUAUUAUUGUUGAAAAACAAUCUAUUGCUUUAAUCUAAAAAGAAACCACUACUGGUAAAAGAAAAUGUAAAAAUUGUUUAAAUUUAAGAUAAUCUAAAUAAGCUAAAUUAGUAGCUGAAGAACAAGAGUGA